CCUACUAAUAUCGGUAUAGUGAAUGCCGCCAAAAAAUGUGCUUCUCAUUGUCUUGUGAGUUGUAGGAGUGAAUAGCGUUAACCCUCUCUUCGGCCCUAUGCGUGUGGGGUAGUGGUUUAAAAGGCAACUCCAUACGAUGCAAGACAACUCCUUUUACUCGCAGACCUAGGGAGACUGCAAGGGCAACUUGCGCUGGAGGACGGCUUGACGACCAGUACUUCCCGUACCAGUAGAGGAGUCACAGACAGCGACAUAGAGGGGCGCAGCCAGCGCCGAACACUGGGUACGGACGAAGUCGCAGCCAUCGAUAGGGAGACGCAGCCAGCGUCAGUUAAGGAGACCGCAGCCAGCGGUCAGGAGGCAGAAGACGCAAGGAGUGUCAAGCAUCGGCGGUCGCAGCCAGCGGCCAGAAGGCACAGGUGCCGCCAUUUUUGAGAGCGCUGCAGCAUUCCCCCAAGAGGAGUUCGCGGCUGACAUUAGGGGAAGCCACCCCUACAGCAACGCGAGCGGAUCAGCAGCCAGCGAGCAGAGAACAAGCCGCGACUGAACAUAACCUCGGCGGCGGCCAUUUCUAGCCCAGCCACUACGGUGACUACAGUAGCGUCCCAACCCAGGAAUACUGCUGUCACAGCUGCGAGUUGGAGGAGGAGCUGAAGCAGGCUAAAAUCCUGAACAGGGCGAGCACCGCGAAUUGCGCGCCAAUCGCGGUUGGCCCAAGCGCAGACCUGCAGACCUGCCUGUAUUUGGAGGGCAACCCGAGGAGUGGCUGAUUUUUAACUGUGCGUUUGUGGAGACGACCCAAGCAUACAACUGCACGGACUUGGAAAGAACAAGAAAUUGUUGAAGGCGCUGAAGGAUGAAGCACGAGAAACAGUAAAGUCGCUGCUGUCACCCCGGGAACGUCAGCACCGUGAUGGAGCAGCUGCGUUUUAGGUUUUGCCGACCGGAGCAGCUUAUACGCAGCCAGCUGAACAGCGUGCGAGAGGUGCCGCCCAUUUCGGAGCAGCACCUGGCGAGGAUCGUUCCCUACGCAACCCGAGUGAGUAACCUCACGGCCUUCUUGCAGUCGGCGAAGGCGGAGCAGCACCUGCGGAACCCAACGCUAAUGGAGCAGCUUGUGGCGAAGCUUCCUACGAGCAAGCGAGUAGACUGGGCCAGGCACGCUGCAUCGAUCAAGCCCUUUCCCACUUUAGCGCACUUCAGCGCGUGGCUACAGGAGUACGCAAAAGUCGUGUGGUUUUGGACGUCGAUGGAAAGGAGCCUAGGCGUCGAGUUCUGCAUGCGAGCGUCAACCAGAACGGAUGCGAUCAUCAGGAUUGUAGGAUUUCUACCGAAAUCUGGUUUUGCUGAAAGGGGUUUUUUGGGUGCCUCAAGUGCAGAACCAGUGGCAAUAGUCGCUGCAAUAAGUACAGAACAAAUUGGGCUGCGGAGAAGUGAAUACGUCAAGAUUUCUUUUCGUACUGAUUUUAUUGAGCAUGGAUCCGGGUUUAUAUACAUGAUUUGGAGUUACAAGGAUGUUUACUUAGGUCUAGUCUAGAUACAAAUGGACAACAUGGUUUAUUAUCAGAUUACAGGAAAAUAGCCUAAAUAAGCAAUUACAUCUACCAAAUCGUGUGAAGACACGUCCGUCGGCUGGAUGCAUAUGGUUUAUGACCCGUUUAUCAUAUGCAGAUGUGCGCAGACCAAGAGAUCAGCUACCUAUUUAUUUAGGUUAGGUAUUUAGCAGCUAUCAGCAACGAACGAAUUUCUGCUAAGUCGAAGUCGUACAUACUCCCGGCCGUUGAACUAAUGUUCAACAAUCGUUAAUGUUGAUCGUGAAGGGCUGGAUCGAAGAACCGUCUCUAUUUACAGGCGUGGACGGCAUUUGAUUUAGCUGAAGGGUGUUUCUAGGUUUUCGCCAUUUCUUCGUUAGGUGAAUUACAACAAUGAUUAUUAUAAAAACUAAUGCAAUAUAAAUAGCAAUAUGAUGAUGUUCAAUUGUAA